CACGCGGAAGUUAUCUCAUGCACCUGUUACACUUUCAAACAGGAAAGGGAACGAAUCAAUACGUAUUUACUUACACGAAGUAUCUUCACAACAGUUAUUUUUCAACCUGAAACACAUUAUUGGAUUGUUUUAUAUUUAAACCGUCAAUCUGAAGCCUAAUGGACAAAUUAAAGAAAGUUUUGAGCGGCCAAGAUGGCAAUGACGACCUCAACGUACUGCAGUCGGCGAAUGAAGCAUCAACACUGGGAUGGGGCACGCGCGUCAAGGGAUUCCUCGCGUGUUUUGUGUCGGGCGUCUUGUGCUCGAUUUUGGGCACCUGUUUACUUUGGGUUCCGGGAAAAGGACUGACACUAUUUGCAGUCUUUUACAGUUUAGGUAAUAUUGCUUCUCUUCUGAGCACGAUGUUCUUAAUGGGUCCAUUAAAGCAGCUCAAGAGGAUGUGUGACAAGACAAGAGCUCUGGCAACCGGCAUUAUGAUUACCUGUCUGGUUUUAACCUUCUGUGCUGCUUUUUGGUGGAAGAACAGAGCCCUUGCUCUACUCUUUUGUAUCCUCCAGUUUUUGGCUUUUACAUGGUACAGCAUAUCCUAUAUUCCCUUUGCAAGGGACGCAAUUAUUAAGUUGUUCUCCGCAUGCUUGAAGUGAGAUGCCUGUACAUUUGGCCUUGGCCGUCUCUCGAUCUCUCUCUCUCUCUCUGUGCUCUGCUCUGGCUCCAACUUUGGUGCUGCCUUCAAUGCCACUCAUGUGCCCACUCUGCCACCUGGCACAGACACCACAACACACUACACUACAGGCUCCCCUCGCUAUCCCAACCAAUGGACACUCUCCAUCUGUGUGAACAAGUACUCUCUCUCUUUCACACACACACACACAUACAUACAAACAAACACCUGUGCUUUACAUUCAGGUUGAAAACUAUGAAGGAUGAAUUGUAAUCAGGUAAAUGAUUGAGUUUUUGGGUUGUAGUGGCUUGGUGCAACAAGACCGAAUUGCAUAUUUUGCAUUUAACUGCUGUGUAAUUGCUUAAUAACGCCUAUAUGUGCCUUCCUAUCUGCUCUUCAUCCAAGGAUUACUACUCGAGGGCUAUUGUGUAACUGUAACCAGUGUUUGCUUUAAGUUUUAGGUGCAAGAAAAUAAUUUUUCUAUAUAUUUUGAAUAUAUACAUUUCGAUUUUUACUUCAGUUAUUACCCAAGUAAUAGUAUGACGGAGAUGGUUUAUUACUUGCAUAAUGAUAGCUAUAUUAUCUUAUUAGAUAAGUAAGAAUAUUAACACUCAUUAGGGUGCCAAUGUAUUUUUUAGUGUUUAUUCUGUCAUCAAACAAGCUCAUUUCAAUUAUCUUUGUAUCAAGGAGCAGAAUCAUGUGACGUGUCCUCAUAUUUUUCAAAUCAUGUUUCACUUUAAUGCUGAUUUCAGGUAGAUUUUUCUUCUUGUUGUCUUUUCAAAUAGCUGUAGAUUUACAGAAGAGAUUCCUUUUAUUUAUAUAUAAUACAGACUGAAAAUACAUGUAUAUUUUGAGUCAAUAACCCCUACAUCAUUAGGACUAAUAUCCCAGGUUUGCUGCUUUAUUGCAUUACUGCUAAGAAAACAAAAUGAAUGUAUAUGUGAAAUGUUUAAGAAUGAUGGUAGAUGGACAUAUCAACAGUCUCUGUUGUAUUAAAGAUGUUGAGAUUCAUUA